AGUGGACAAACACGGUGUGCUUAUCACAUUUGUAAACACUACGAGGAAAAAAAAAAAAUUCCACCAAGCUGCUCCAAUUCCUGCGCUUAGCCUAUUUACACGUGUGAGCAAACUCCAAUUGGUAAAAACAAAAGCUGAGUAUAGCUCACAAAAUCGCUAGUAGAAGCAUUUCACCCAAGGGGACUGCUAAGAGUGUAUUUUUUUGGCGUACAUAAAUCGAAUGGGCUCACACCAUGUAUUUAAAGAAGGCGGAGAUCCAAAAAAAUGACACCUCCGUAAAGUCGAGCGAGAGGAGAGAAACUUCCAUGUGUGAAGAAGAUGAAGUCUUCUCCAAUUCCACCUUGUCUGAUGCUGAAAGUUGCUAUCAGUUUUGGAAAAACGCCGACGGGGGAGACAUUUUCGAAAUAUGCGAAGAGUUCGAAAGUUCGGAAGAUGAACAUGACGUAAACGACAUGGCACACAAUUUUGACGCACCCAAAUUGUACUCCACCAUAGAAACUAACACCGUGCCGAUUGGGAUGGACACCACGGUGGAGGAUGACACAUGUAUGCAGGAGGAAGUGGCGAAUCCCCCAUCACGUGGAAAUUAGACAGAAAUGGCACAUACGCUCGUGCGAGUAGGGGUGAUUCGAAGGAAGCACGUGAGGGGGAUCUGACGGGUAAAAACACUAAAAAUGACCCCCCACAA